AAGAAAGAAAGAAAGAGAUAACGCUUAGUAACACUAUAACAGAACAUAAAAAAGAACAAAGCGAUGCACUGCAUUUCGCUCCCCAGCUCUCACCACCCGUUGCCCUCUCCACCCAAAACUACCUUUAAAUUGACAUGCCACGUUGUCCCUAGAAUGUCCCUCGACAACAACAAUAACAGCAGAAGCAAUGGUUUCAAUAUAAUUAACAACAUCUCCAAGCUCCUCUGGGGUCCAUCCCUCCCUCCAGGCCUCCUAAUCUCCACCGUCCGUACGGUUUGGACCUCCACGUGGCAGAUCAUGAUGUCCCAACUGGCUCCCUCCGAUCCCUCCGGCGGUUACACUAGGCCUCCCUCAAAGUUCCGCCUCUCCCACCAAAACCCAACCGCCUCAACCACCAAACUCCAUCUCUACGUGGGCCUCCCCUGCCCAUGGGCCCACCGGACCCUAAUCGUCCGGGCAAUCAAGGGCCUCGAAGAAGCCGUUCCCGUCUCCGUCGCAGCCCCGGGCCUCGACGGCUCAUGGGAGUUUAAAGAUAUCCCCGACAAGGAUAAAAGUAGGGACAAGGAUAUCCUUGUUCCAAGUAGGGAUAAAGUUAACGGGUGCCAGAAUUUGAAGGAGGUUUAUAGGCUGAGAAAAGGCGGCUAUAAUGGGCGGGCCACGGUGCCAUUGCUGUGGGAUGUGGACAAGAAAGAGGUGGUCUGCAAUGAGAGCUACGAUAUUAUUGAGUUUUUCAAUUCGGGUCUAAACGGGCUGGCCCAGAACCCUGGUUUGGAUCUCUCGCCGGUGGAGCUGAAGGGGAAGAUUGAAGAGUGGAAUCGGGCAAUUUACCCCAAUGUGAAUAAUGGGGUUUACAGAUGUGGAUUUGCUCAAAGUCAAGAGGCAUAUGAUGUUGCAGUGAAUGGUUUGUUUAGUACAUUGGAUAGGAUUGAUGAUCACUUGGGUGGUUCGCGGUACUUGUGUGGAGACAGAUUGACUCUUGCGGAUAUUUGCUUGUUUACUACAUUGAUUAGGUUUGAUCUUGUCUAUAAUGUUUUGUUCAAAUGCACCAAGAAGAAGCUGCUUGAGUUUACCAAUCUUCAUGCUUACAUGCGUGAUAUUUAUCAGAUUCCAAAGGUUGCUGCCACUUGCAAUUUUCCGGUGAUCAUGGAUGGUUAUUACCAGAUACUUUUUCCAUUAAAUCCUGGCAGCAUUCGACCUGUUAUGCCCAUAGGAUGUGAGCACAAAUUCCUCUCAAGGCCUCACAAUAGGGAAUCGAUGUCUUCAGUAGGUAAAAGUGUGCAGUAUGUUUUAUGAGUUGCCUCCCAACACAUGUACGGUUGUAUAAGCUACGUUUGUAUAAAAUGUUAACCCUAAAAAUCUUUUCAUCAAUUAAGAAAUUAUGUGAAAUCUACAAUA